AUGAAUAAAGAAGCCAGUAAUAAUAAUAAUAGUGCACCAGACCCAUAUUAUAUAUUAAGAGGACAUAAAUUUAAUGUAAACUCAGUUUUAUUUGAUAAAGUCAAUCCAAACUUACUGUAUUCUGGAUCAGGAGAUGGUGAAUUAAAAUUAUGGAAUAUUGAAGAAAAGAAAUGUAUAUCAACACAAAUAGCACAUUCAGAAGGUAUUGGAGGUGGUGUAUUAUCAUUACAAUGGUUAUCAAAUGAUAAUAAUAAUGAAAAUAAUAAUAAUAAUGAUGAAAUUUGUGGUAAUAUAUUAAGUCAAGGUAGAGAUGGAGUUAUUAAAAUAUGGAGUAUAAUUGAUAAUUGUACAUUUAAAAACACAUAUAGAUUAGAAACCAAUUCAUUAUCAUUAGGUAAAUGUUCAAGUUUAUCAUCUAAUCUACUAUCAAUAUCAGGUAGUGCUAUUGAUCCAACAUCAUCAACAUCACAAGUUGAAAUUUGGGAUUUAAAGAAUAAACAAGUUAUAAAUAAAUUAAAACCAAAUAAUCAACAAUUAUUUGAAAAAUUAGGUUUACCAAUGUCUUUAAAAUUAUAUUAUGAAAAUGAAAAUAAUGAUAAUAGCAAUCAAUCAAAUGAUCAAAUUAGAUUAUGUACUGGUUAUGAAAAUGGUGAAUUAUUAAUAUGGGAUUUAAGAAAUACUUCAAUACCAUUAGUAUCUUCAAAAUUACAUAAUGAACCAAUCUUAUCAUUUGCAUUAUCAAAUAAUUCAACUAAAGGUAUAUCAGGUUCUGGUGAUACAAAUAUUAUUGAAUUUAAUAUAAAUUAUGAAUCUAAACAAUUUAAUAUUACAAAAACUCAUAAAUUAAAUAAUGGUGGUAUUUCAGAAAUUAAAAUUAGAAAUGAUGAAAAAAUUUAUGCAACUGCUGGAUGGGAUAAAAGAAUUAGAAUUUUUAAUUUUAAAAAGCAAACACCAUUAGCAAUUUUAAAAUAUCAUACAGAAAGUGUUUAUUCAAUUGAUUUUAAUUCAAAUAAUAUUUUAGCAUCAGGUUCAAAAGAUUGCAAAAUAGCAUUAUGGGAUAUUUAUACUACAAAGAAAUAA